CGUAGUACUAUUUGCGUAUUCGACGACGCCAAACAACGCCACAGACACAUAAACGUCAAUGCGAAGAUAAAUUUCUAAAAUGUCUUUGACGGCUGGGCACAGGCUUUGUCCAAGAAAUUUGGAUUCCUAAAGACGCCAAAACCAUCUCCAUGGGAUGAUCAUGAGGAUUUUUUCGUAGUGGAGGGUGGGUAAUUAGUCGAGAUGGCAAGGGAAUUUUCCGAUGUUGACGAGUUUCCUGUGGAUGGUGAGGACAGCAUCGCAGGACUCAAUGAAAAGCUUUUGGAAUUAUUAAAAAAUCCUCCAAAAUAUGUGCAGACUUCGAGUUCAGUGGCAAAUUCGGCGAUUGAUACUGAGGCAGAUUGCCAGGUUGAGAAUAAUUAUUAUGAAAAUGCAGGAUUAUUGCAUUGCAAGUGUGCCAUUGAGUGUAGCUUUGUCAGGAGAAGUCCUGUUCAUCCGAGAAAUUUAUCGCAAUCUCUACCGCCGAUUGGAGUUUUUUGGGAUAUUGAAAAUUGCUCGGUCCUCAAAAGAAGAUCUGCUGCCGCCGUAGCCCAAAUUAUAAGAGAUAAAUUUUUUCAUGGUUAUAAAGAAGCCGAAUUCAUCGUUGUUUGUGAUGUAAAUAAAGAAAAUAAACAAAUCAUUCAGGAAUUGAAUGAUGCACAGGUAAAUUUAAUCCACGUAGCAGCUACGUGCAAGAAUGCAGCUGAUGAAAAAUUGAAACAAUCUAUACGAAGAUUCGCUGACAUACACGGAAGCUCAGCUGCUAUCAUCCUUAUUUCGAGUGACAUAGAUUUUGCUGCUGACCUAAGUGAUCUCAGACAUCGAAAAAAAAUUCACGUUAUUCUAUUGCACAAUGAAAAUUCAUCGGAGACACUCAUACAUUGCGCCAAUGAACACUACAAUUUUACGGAACUUAUGGAAUCACUGCCAAUCAGAACACCCGCCAAGACAGUUGAACCCUACGAUCUACUUAUCAGUAACCUUCCGAAAGAUAAAGGUCUAACAUCUAUAAGGAGACGCCUAAAACGCCUCUCCGAGAAUUGUGGCGGUCGUGUGAUAGGGAUAAAUUCAAAUGCCGCUAUAUUACGCUUCAGCUCCCAGGAUUCGGUUGACAGAGCUCAAAAGCGCAUGGAUGGUGCGCCAGUCUUUGAUGCAAAAAUUACUGUGAAACUUCUGAAGGAAAAAGGAACUCGAAUAGCCCGAGAAGUCAGCUCGACCCUCGAUUUGACGAGUGAAUCUGUAGCUGUUACCGGCUCACCUAUCCAGAUGUAUAGCGCAAAUGCGGCUGUUGGUGUUAGGAGUUUACCCUGUACACCACAUUAUAAUUCAUCAUCACCGAUUGUUGGAGGAUUUUCCGGAUGGAAUGGCAUCCACUGUCCCUCAGUUAAUCCUCAUUCGGGAGGAAUGGUACCAGCCCCAGUUUACCUGAACCGUUCAUACGCCAACAAUUCUGACACAAUGUACAAUCGCCCCUUCACAGAGCCCCCACGUGGACAUUCCCCCGUGGUGUGGCCAGUGGUAGGUCCCCAGUACGGUCGCUCUUGGGAGGAUCCCUACAGAAUGAACAGUCAAAAGUCCUUCAACAAACGUUCCCAACUCGGGACAGCCCGUGAGCCCAACCAACCCACCUUAUCCAACACACCAGAAGGAAUGAGAUGUAUUCGUGGUGCUCACAGUGGAUUAAAUCACACACAAGCUGAAUGGAGCAUGUUGAGGCCAUCCUACUGCCCCCUUCCACCAUCAAAUGCCUUCAACGGCUCAAAUUUUUGUCAAAAUUCUUACAAACGUGGUAGCUCAUCACCACUGUUCAUGAAUCAAGGGAGAGAUCAUUGCAAUGGGCAGUGGAAUGGACAGGGACAGCACAUUCAACCCAUGAGGAACACGAAGACACCAUCACCAUACGGCAAUGGUGGAAUGCUCCCCAUGAGCCAACAGUCGAGUCGCACAUCGCCCUAUCAGCACAGUGAAUCUGAAGAAGAGGUCGAGAGAUUCUUCAAUCCCAUCAACAGCCGGAACAGUUGUCCUGUUGCUAAUUCCACUUACACACCGAUCGAACUUCAAGUUACAAAUUUGGAUCAGAGCUUGGAGCCCAAGGAAAUGAAACGCAUCUUGUCCUGUAUUUUUAUGAAGCACAUUCAUGUCAUUCACGUUUCAGUCUUCAUGCAGUCUGAUGGCAAUUUCGCAGCCAGUGUCAAGGUGCCAUCCCUCCAAGACGCUCAGUACGCCAUUUCGCAGCUGCACAGGUGUAAAGUUGGAUACAAGAGAAUCCUGAUAUCGUAUGCACAUGCUGGAGGUCCCAAUCCUCAACUCGUCAGGUCACAGAUUGUUAUGCUCUUGCAGGAAGUCCCUGGUCACAAAUUACCGCUUUUCAAAUUCAGGGAGAUGUAUGAAAGUCGAUUUAUGAUAUCCAUCAGCGUUUCGGAGCUGUAUAAGAUGAAGGACGUUUGUAUUGUCACUGAGGAUCCCAGUGGGCGAAUGGUAUCGUUGAAUCCUGAUCACAGGAAUACACCAUCUCCUUGCAUUGGAAAUAUUACACAGGAUGGACCCCUGGAAUUGCCAUUCUGCACAAUUCACAUGCAAAAAUCCGUAUCAGACAAGGGCUGGGCCGAACAGGAAAUGGCAUCCCUGCCAAACGUCAUGAUUCCCCUAGAGUUCCUUGCAACACGAGUUGAACAAUUACUCUCAUCCCACAACGGAAGUCUACCACUCCCAAGCCUUCCUACGUGCUACGAGGGUGUGUUUCAGGAAGCUCUGAACGUCGAUGAAAAUGGUGUACCCCUUGAGCACUUGGUGUCCUGUGUCCCAUCGGUUGAAUUGAGACAGGGAAUUGGAAGUGUAAAGUAUCUCCUGUGGGUAGGAGACAAGUGUCCCGACGACAGCCACGAGGAGAUCAAUAAAUGCGUGAGUCCACCCCUGGCUAAUCAACUCGCAUUAUUUAGUAGAGAACUCGUCGACUUGCUUAAAACAGCUGCACACUGUCAAUUACCAUUCAAUCGAUUCAUUCCUGCGUAUCACCAUCACUUCGGAAGGCAGUGCAGAGUGGCUGAUUAUGGAUUUACCAAGUUGAUUGAUCUAUUGGAGGCAUUGCCCCAUACAGUUCAGGUAAUGGGAGAGGGUAACAAAAGAGUUGUCACCCUCUCACAUCGUGCCCAAGUUCGUCGCUUUACAUCAGAUCUACUCCGAGUGCUCAAAGCUCAAGUGAGCAAACAAAUAAUGCUCUCUGAAUUCCCCAGAGUUUAUGCCCGGGUUAUAGGUAAACCAUGGGACAUCGUGGAUUACGGUGUGUGUGAAAUUCACGAUAUUCUCCAUGAGGUUUCUGAGAAUACAGUGGUCGUCGCAACGUGCAACGAAUCUGAUAAACUCAUUUCAAUUCCCACACGUGAACAAACACCUGAAGAAAUCGAACGAACGAAACAAUUCGCUGUUGAAGUGGUGGAGCUACUUCGUCAUGCACCUCAAUGCAGCAUGCAGUUCAACAAAUUUGUCCCCUCGUAUCAUCAUCACUUUGGCCACCAAUGUCGAGUCUCUGAUUACGGAUUUACUAAACUGAUUGAGCUCUUUGAGGCAAUUCCCCACGUCGUCAAUAUCGAGGACGCUGUUAACGGCGAGAGGCGCAUAAGUCUCACCGAGAAAGAAGGACUUCGAGUUUUGGGCGAGCAGAUAAGCAAACUCGUCCUUAAAACUCGAGGCGGCCUCGCUGUUUCAAGUAUUGCUCAGGUAUUUCUACAUCAAUUCGGUUACAUGCUGCGUCCAGAGUUCUUCGGUUGUAGCUCGAUGCUACAACUGAUGGGAAAACUCGACGAUACUGUCAAAAUAAUUCAGGGAUCGAACUCUCCACUGGUUGUUCUCGUGGAUAAAUCACACGCUCAGCUGGUGGGUCUCCAGUGUCGUCGUAUCCUCAUGGACCAGAGCCACCACAAGAUGACGUUAAAAGACUUCAAGUUGCUCUACAGUGAAGUCUACAGCACUCCCUGUAAUAUAAAUGAAUUCAAACACGAUCUGUCUGAGAUUGUUAAAUUCUCUGGUGAGGGAGAUAAAGAAUCUCUCCAACUGACUCCACUUCAGUGUUUAGCUUGUAAUAUUUACAAGAUCCUUAUGAGCCAUGGGGGUAAACUGAGUCUCCAGAAAUUAGAGAACACGUAUUUGAACACUUUUGGAAAGGGUUUGAAUCCUGCACAAUAUGGUUUUCCUACUUUGUCUGCUUUGCUUCAAGCAUUACCAUGCACAGUCACGAUUAAAGAGACUCGCACUAAAAAGAAAAAUAUCUUCCUGAGUAAAAAAUUGGCAACAGUAGGAAUUCCAUUGCCUUCCAACUUUCUAUCUCCACACAGAGGUAAUAAUUCCAGCAAUGAAUCUCUAGAGAGUGAUCAAAGAAUUGAUAUCAAUGAGACUGCGAUUCCUGACAAAUGGAUGGGAAAGAAUGCUGCAGUGUGGAAUGAUCGAAGAAAUAUCACCUCAUGGAAGAAGGAUCAUCAGUGGGGGUUGUCUACUUCUGAUAAAUCUUUGAAGUGGCCGAUCCUCGAAAGCAGUGGAGAGUCUUUCUUCAAGAGCUUGAUAAACACUCCAACGUUGAUAAAAGAUCUACCGAAACCACCGAAGCCAGAUACACCUCCUAAUGGUAAUGUUGAUGGUGAGAGCACGUGGAAGUCGUCUGUCUGGUCGACACCACCUCAUUUCAAUCGGGAUAUUCAUGGGAGGAGUAUAGAGAUUCCACCAAUAACCCUUCCCACUUGGAAUAAUACUGAUGUUGAAGAUUCUGUAUUAAACCUUCUGUCACCAGCAAAAUAUCUACUACCAGCUACUGCUAAUCCACUGAACCCUAAGACUCCACCUUAUUAUUCAACUAAGCAUCUUGUUAUUGCUCCACAUCCCUCUGAGUUACCACUGCCAUCACUCACCCUAGCACCAAGACGUAGCCUACAUUCCAAUAAUGACACAUUAGAGUCGAGAUUGUUAGGGAAUUCCCUGGAAGUUCAUAGUCCAACUAAUUCGGAGAAUUACAGUGUCUCGGAGAGUGAGUCUUCAGAUGCACUUAAUACAACUCCCAGCAAGAAGAUGUUCGCUGGGAAACGUCGGCUUGCUGCACAGUUCAAUCAACCGAUGGAUUGAGCUCGCGAGGAUAAUGUCGAGGUAUGAAUUUGUCAUAAAAGAUGCCAGGUGUUUUCUUUUAUUAUUCAAGGAAUUUACGAAACGAGAAAUGGAGAAGAGCAGAGAUAAAUUUUAGGAAAUGUGAGGGAAUCUGAGACAUCUUUGUGUGGAUGGAAAAUAAUGGAAGAGAUAGUAUGAUUGAUAUCGUGAAUUUUUUAUUGAUACUUUGCCUUCGUGAGAUUCACUUGCUAUGGAAAAUAGUGCCUAACAUUCUUCCCGACUGUGAUAUACAAUAUGUACGUAAUGGGUUUUUCGUUUUUAAUGAAACAGGGAUUAGCUUCUUUUUAAUUUUCGUUAUUCUGAUUAUACUAGUAUUGUUUGAUGAGUCUCAGGAAUAAUUAUGUGAAGUAAUGAAAUAGCAGAUGGAUAUACCAUGCAAUGCAGCACAUUAUUUGAUAGAGUGAAAGCAAAAUAUCGAUAUUUUAUGUCGUUGGACUCGUAAUUCCCGAUUCUAACGAGCAAAGUGAGGUCAGAAUCGCGUGAUUACGGGCACCUAGAGAUGAAUUAAUUUGCUGGAAUUUGUCAUGGUACUCCAGAAUUCAAUAACCACGAAGAGUUCAAAUCCUUAUCAUAAGUAUUCCAUUUCCAUUGUUUAUAAAUCGAUCGUGUAGUCUCAUGCACUGUUUCCUUCUUUUUAAUUGUUGAUUAAUUUCGUCAUAUUUCCUAAUGUCAAGAAACACAACGAUAGAAAAUCCUACGAAUAUGCAUGAACUUUUCCUCAAAUUCGAAAAUAACAGGGAAUAAUUGGAAUUGAAUUCCAAUUAUUUAUUGAUAUCGGGUAUAGGUUGAGAAAAAUUCUAAACGAUUCUGUUGAUUUAUUUUAUUGGAAAUGAGACAUAGAAAUUAGUUUAUUCAGGCGAUAGCAAUAGAUCAUUAAUUAUUCCACUGAAUCUAGAAUAAUAAUUGUAUUUAUGUAAGUUGUUUCCUGCUGUUCCCAUACGUACCUGGAAGUGAUCUCAAAUAAUUUUAUGAUACUCAUAGAAUUUACCAUUCAUAAAUUAGAUCAUAGCUAUAAUUGAUAUCAAGGAGUAGAAGGGAAAAAAUAAAAAUCACCAAUGAAAUACGUUAAAAGCUCAAGAGUAAAUGAAUUAGUAAUUGUUGCCUUCAUUCUGGUCUUUGUCCUCAAUUUCAAAUAGUUCGUACAUUGCUAAUUGUAUAUUUAUGAAAAUAUGUGCGAGGGCAGAGCAUACCCUAAUAUCAUAUGGCUAAUUGAUUUUGUAACUAAUUAUUAAUUAUGAAGUCAUAUUUUUUUAUAUUUAUUAAUAGUUUUUUAUACAGCUAGGAGCUUUUACAUGGCGAAAUCAGUGCGACCACGGGAAUUAGUGAAUUAUAUUGAAAAAUAUCACCAUUUCUAGUAUUUUAAGAAUAAUAUUCAGCAAUGAUUUUUCGAAGUAUUUUAAGAUGAUUUUACCGAAUCAGUAAUAAAAUCUUUAUCUCUGUAAAAAAAAUGUAAAGGAGUUAGAAAUUCCAUAGACAGUAAUCAGUGAACGUCAUCAUGAUGCCCUAAAAAAAGAGGAAUGAUUAAUUGAGAAAACUACGUUCAAUCUAAUCCAAAGGUGCGAAUGGAUUCCCCAGCGAAAAUUUUAUUCCAAUAACGAGAAAAUCGAAAAAAAAAAUAUGGAAAAAGUUCAGAAAAAAUAUGAAUAAAUAAAAGUAGAAUCCCAGGAGCAGCUAUGUGUAAAUUCGUAAUGAGUAAUUUUGUCCCCAUUGAGUAAUUUAAUAAAAAAAAAUGAAUGUCAUGCAA